UGUAGUAUAAUACGUACGAGGAGUAGGUGGUAGAGGGUGUGUUUUCCAUUCAACCGGUUAAAUAUCCGUCGUGUAAUGUUUGUUUGAAAUUCGUGUGUUCUGCAUUUCUGGAAAAUAAUAUGAGUUCUGGGGCGGUUCAUGAAAAUUUAAUUUUAUAUAUUACUCCAGAAAAAUUUCUCAUUGAACCUGUUGGUGCCUUUGAUGAACUUCUAAUCAUUGACAGAGCAUCUAGAGAAAUCAAUCUUCAGCGUAACCAAGGGCAAAUUCCUCCUAGUGCUAUUAGCCAGUCAAUAUGGGGCAUUAUGGGAACUAUACAUCUAAUUGGAGGUCCUUAUUUAAUUGUAAUUACCAAAAAAUCUCUUGUUGGAAACAUUUGUGGACAAUCAGUAUGGCAAAUCACAGAUACUGAUGUUAUACCAUAUGCCAAAAGUAUGUUGCAUUUGACUGAAGAACAAACACAUUAUAACAAGCUAUAUCUCUCUAUGGUGCAGUCUGUCCUACGAACACCAUACUUUUAUUUCUCUUAUACAUAUGAUAUAAGCCAUACAUUACAACGGCUUCACAACACAAGCCCUGAUUUUGUUCAAAUGCCUUUAUUUCAGAGAGCCGAUCAGAGGUUUAUUUGGAAUGCUCACUUAAUGCGUGAUUUUCUUGCUCAACAAGAAUUGCAAAAUUAUUGGCUCCCUGUUAUACAUGGAUUCGUUGCAAUUAAAAAUUGCAGUAUAAAUCAAAAAGCUUUUACUUGGACUUUAAUAUCACGUCGAAGUGUUUUUCGGGCUGGCACUCGUUUCUUCAUGCGUGGCUUGGAUAGUGAUGGACAACCUGCAAAUUUUGUGGAAACAGAACAGAUUGUUGAGUGUGAUGGCUGCAAAAGCUCUUUUGUUCAGACUCGGGGCUCUAUUCCCUUAUUUUGGAGUCAACUUCCUGAUCUGAGGUAUAAACCACCACCUACCUUACUUAAUUACAAUCAUUUAGAUGGAUUUCAAAGGCAUUUUGACAAUCAGAUAUUCAAUUAUGGACAACAAGUCAUAGUAAACCUAAUAAAUCACAAAGGACCUGAAAAGAAAUUGGAAACAGCUCUUGCUGAUGUAGUAAAUUCGUGUGGGAACUCCAAUAUAAAGUAUGAAUCAUUUGAUUUUCAUCAUGAAUGUAGGAAAAUGCGAUGGGAUAGGUUAUCAAUAUUGAUUGAUCGUGUACGCCAAGAUCUCAUUGAUCAUGGUUAUUUUAUGAUGCUUCGUGAUGGGAGUGUCCCCUGUCAACAAGAUGGAGUUUUUCGAACGAAUUGUAUUGAUUGUUUGGACCGUACAAAUGUAGUUCAGUGUCUUCUAGCACGAGAAUCACUACAACUUCAACUCAGAAGACUUGGGGUACUAAAUGAAGGUCAAAAAGUAGAAGACCAAUCACAUUUUGAAAUUAUUUAUAAGAAUGUUUGGGCAGACAAUGCUGAUGUUUGCAGUGUGCAGUAUGCUGGAACUGGAGCUUUAAAGACUGAUUAUACCAGGACUGGGAAAAGAAGCAAACAAGGUCUCUUGAAAGAUGGGUGGAAUUCUUUAAUUCGUUACUUUAAAAAUAAUUUUGCUGAUGGAUUUCGUCAAGAUUCAGUUGAUUUGUUCCUAGGAAAUUACCAAGUUGAUGAAAGUGAAGGUGUUUCUAAACCUUGUCCAUUAAAAGACAAAAAAGAUAUCAAAUAUUCUGCACUUCCUAUUGUCUUGUUAAUUGCAAUUGCAAUGUGCUUUCUGUCAUUGAUUAUACCAUCAGUGCAUAGCUCUGAAACAUUUAUGUUUAUCCUCUUUUGGUUUGGAAUGGUUGUUGCAUCUGCAUCUGUAAUACUGUAUUAUGGAACAGAAUUUGUGGAUUAUCCUAAGCUCCAGAACCUUAGGGUAUCUCAAUUAAAAUUCAUACCAUAAUGCUGACCUCAAGAAUAGAAUCCUGGUUACAAGAAUAGAGAUUAUUCCAACUGAGAGAGCUAGCUGAGGAAAUAUAUCACUAGAAGAUAUAUUUUAACUAAUGGCUGUAGAUAUUAAUUCAGAUCUAAAAAAGUAAUAAUAUUUUGAGGCUGAGUAAAGCAAAGAUUUACUAAUUGUCUUUCUAAGUAACAAUGAAGAAUAAAGAAUGAUUUUGAAUGUUUUAAAUAUUUUAUAGGAGAAUCGUCAACUGGAUGAUUACCUUUUAAAAACAUUUAAUAUUAUUAUAACGUUCUUUUAAACUCGUUCCCCCAUAUUUAAGGAACUCUUGUUAAAAAUAUUUGUUUCAUUGGCUAAUGGUAUGGAUAAAAUAAGAAUGCUUCGAACUAGAACGAUCAUUAGAAUUGUAAGAUCGCGAGUGCAUUUUUCCUUGUGAUUAUUGCAUAAUAUUUUUGUCUGAUUUAUUGAUUCAGUGCUGUGAAUUGGAUAAAUGAAGGAAGCUCGAGAUUCUAAAAGUUUCAUCUUGUGAGAAAAAAAUAUUGUGGUAUUUGCUCAGUUUUUCAAUGUGUGAACGUAUAGAAGCAAUCUGGAUAAUACUGAAUACAUGUAUAAAUGAAGAUAUCGGUACGCAUGAUUAAAUUAAAUAUGCGCAUAUACACCUAGAAAGAUUCAUGUCAGUGUUCGAAAUAGCAGUAAAGAAAAUAAUUUCUUCUGUAAUUAUUAAAUCGAAAGAGAUUGCGGUGUUCAUUAUUUUGAAUUAUUUUGCAUAUAUUCCGUUAACUUUCUGUAUGUUGCUUGCCUUUUUAUGGUCAUAUUACCGGUUUUGUAUAUUUAUUUAUCAAUGUUUAAUUACAAGUGUUGCUUUUAAAUCCAGAUUGUCAUUUAACUUCCUUUAUUAGCAAAGCCAAAGAGGUUUAGAGUUAAUAUGCUUUUAUUUGAAAUAUGUAUAAUUGUUAUAAAGAAGUAAACAUCUAUUUUGUAACCCGUUAUUAAUAUUUCAAUGAAAAUUACCAGUAAUAACAUAAUCACUGGAACCCAAACUGUACUGAGUUACUUCAGUUUUCAAACUUAACUGUAUUUAUGUAAAUUUAUGUGGUAUUUAAUAAAUUUUGAUACUGUUUUUGCUGAUUUA